UUUCAUUUUCCUGGAGGGUGUGUGUGUGUGUGUGUGCAUGUGUGUUGCUGAUCAUUUCCUCAUCAGAGCAGAAGGAAACCACACUAAAGAGAACUUCGUCCCUGCACACUGAGCUGCUGGGAGACGGACACAGGCAGGUCUCACCCUGCAGGAUCAUGGCAUUGCUGCGGUCCCCAGCAGACCCCAACCUCAGGCAGCUGUUUGGGCUGAUUGUGACCUUCACCAUACUGCUACAAGUGGCUCUGCAGGCCGUCUCUGUGGCUGUGACAUACAUAUACUUCUCCAAUGAGCUGAAGCAGAUGCAAAAGACGUACUCCAAAAGUAUCACUGCUUGCUUCUUAGAAGAAGCUGACUCUUGGGGCUUCAGGAAUGAAGAAGCAAUGAACAGUCCAUGUUGGCUGAUGAAGAAGCAACUGGAGACUCUUGUUAGAAAGAUGGUUUUGAGAAACUUUGAGGAAACCGCUCCUACAAUGCAAGAAAAGCAACAAAGUUUUUCCUCCCUACCAAGAGACCAAGGACCGCAAAGAGUGGCGGCACACAUCACAGGGACUCUCCGGAGAAGCAGUGCGCCCUCAGCUCCACGCUUCAAGAAUGACAUGGUCUUGGGUCAGAAGAUCCAUUCCUGGGAGUCAUCAAGGAAGGGCCAUUCCUUCCUCAGCAAUUUACACCUGAGGAACGGAGAGCUGGUCAUCCACAAAGCAGGCCUUUAUUACAUCUAUUCCCAAACAUACUUCCGAUUUCAAGAGCCUGAAGACACUUCUGUAACAGGUUCCAGGAAACAAGUCAAACAGAUGGUUCAAUAUGUUUACAAGUACACAAACUACCCAGAACCCAUCUUGCUGAUGAAGAGUGCUAGAAAUAGUUGCUGGGCCAAAGAUUCGGAAUACGGACUCUAUUCCAUCUAUCAAGGGGGAAUAUUUGAACUUAAGGAAGAUGACAGGAUUUUUGUCUCUGUAACCAAUGAAAGUUUGAUUGACUUGGAGCAAGAAGCCAGUUAUUUUGGAGUCUUUUUAGUUGGAUAAAUGACCUGCACAAGUAAAGCAUUAAAACAACAACA